AUGCCGCUCCUAAGGAAUAGCUUGCUGUCUUCAAAUGAUAGCAUUGCGAGUGAUAUUGCAAGUCUCCAUGAAAUGACUUUUUCUGAUGAAAUCGCACCCACUGAAAAAAGUUCAACAAGCCUGAUUGAGAAGACUGGCUAUCAGGACUGUGUCUACCUAAAUGCAGCCAACAUUUUUCAAAGUAUUCAUAAGGAAAAACCUCAAGACAAAUUACUGGUAAAGUAUGGGAAUGGACCCUUCCCACUGGCAACGGAUUUCAAAGAUGAGCGAUGCCAGCGUUUGUCUUAUGAACUAGCUUUCAAUGCUCUAAAAUAUCAAGAUGUUCUUGAAAACAUACUGAUUGACAGUGGCAUUUAUCCAAUACAGUCAGUGCCGGAUGAACUGACAAGUCUAGUUGUUGUGAUGUUAUACGAUCUUCAAGAGCGGAAAUUUGAAGCCCGCCAGAAUAAUGAUGAUGAUGACAAUGAACCAAUAGUAGAGGUCCAAGAAGUUGAGCAUUAUCUGUACAGUUUUAAAACCAAACUGGCUGCAGCGUUAGCAAGGUGUCGAAUCAAGCAUGACGCCCUUUCCAUAGAAUGCAUUCUGCCAGAAACUAUAAGGAAGCAAGAGCAAAGGGCAUCUGCUCUGCCCUUGUAUGCAUGGGUGAAUACACUUAAAGCAAGCCUAGAAGAAGUUCACAGUGCUUUACAGAAGGAAGGAUUCACAAGAGUGGAGUCUGUGUCAAAAUUUGAUGGCUAUACAUAUUGCCUGGAUACACACUGUGAAGAUUUACUUAUCUUCCCUUCUGCUGUUAAAGAACAGCUGCUUGCUUUGGAACUAUUUGCUCAGUACAAGCUCUUACUACAGGACAAGUCCCGGAGCCUUGCUGUGCAUUCUGUGAAGUCUUUAUUGAAUAUGGACGAUGAUAUAUUAAUAGCACAUGUUGGUUCAGGGCUGACUGUGGCCCAUAUGUCAGUACUAACAAAUCAAGAGACAUCCAAAGUAUUUGUAUGCGGAGUCAAGUCAGUGACAAAGGAAGCAGAGCUCAAGAAUUUGUUCACACAGAUGGAAUGUAAAAAUAUUGAACUAUUGCACGAGGAUUUUACAAGUGUUGAACCAACGAAUCAUAAGCUGCAGAAAGUUAAAGUUAUUUUGCUGCUGCCUCGCUGUUCAGGCCUGGGUGUUAGCAACCCAAUAGAAUUUAUUCUAAACGAGCAUGAAGAUGCUGAAUUACUUAGAGAUCUCUCCCAAGGCUCUGUAGCAGAAGAUAAACUCAAUGUCCUCGCUCAACAGCAGCUUAAAGAAUUAACACGUGGCUUGCAGUUUAGUAAAGUGCAAGCUGUGGUCUACUGCACCUGUUCCAUUUACCCAGAAGAAAAUGAAGCUGUGGUGAAGGAGGCACUAACGUCUGGCGUAGAAGGAGGGAAGGCCCAACCGUACAGGCUUUGCCCACCCGUCCUUCCUUUGUGCUGCAAAUCGGAAAUAAAUACUUCUGCUGAGAAUUUCUUCAGACUGGAGCUGUCGGAUAUUUCCAACUGCUGUUUUAUAGCUGUUCUGGCCCGAGAGAGGGAUCCAUCUGAGACCGUGUCAGUAAAAGAUGUUCUAGCUCGUGCGGCAGCAAAAGGGUUACUGGAAGGUAUUGAAUUAGCAAAGCCGUCUAAAAGAGAGGAGAAGAAGAAAAAGAAACAAAAAGUAACUCCGACAAAAACUGCUACUAAAGAAGCAGCAAUACAGUCCAGAAUUCAGGAGUUCCUGGAUCGGGAAACAAAAUCCAACAAGAUUGACUCGGAUUCUACAGUAUCUAACAUAACUGCUAGUACCUCUCAGAAAACCAUAAACCAGACAAGUGAUUCCACGCAGCUGAAGAAAACGGCCAAGCCUCUCUCAAACGCAUCCUUGCCUGUGAUGUUGAAGAACACUCCCCUGUCCUCAUCCGCACAAAAAGUGUUUGAAAGGCAACGAACUGUUAGGAAACCAAAGUCAGAAGACAAACUGAUGGUCUUGAAACCUGUUGAGAUCGUCCUGCCUCCGGUAAUGAUGCCAUACUUCAACCCACAGGGGAACAGAGCCCAAAUUUCAUCUAACCACUAUUAUUAUCACUGGGUUGGAACAAAAAGUGGAAUAUAUGGCUCGCUUAGCCCUUCUUCUUCCAGAAAACUGAUCAAGUCAAAAGAGCCCUCACCAUCUUCUUCUGCAGCCAAGCAUGCUCGUCCAUGGCUUUGA